AUGCUAAAUAGCCUACGAAGAAUGUCCAUUAAGUCAGCAGGUUGUAUAAUCAUCGGAGACGAAGUAUUGAACUCCAAAAUUACCGAUACCAAUUCCCGAUUUUUCGCCAAGUAUUGCUACGAUCUGGGGGUUGAUCUUAGAAAAAUAUCCAUAAUUUCUGAUGAAGAAGAUGAGAUCAUUGCCACGGUGAAAGAGUUUGACUCAAAGUUUGAUUUCAUUGUUACUUCUGGAGGGAUUGGGCCCACACACGAUGAUAUCACUUAUUCUUCAAUCGCAAAGGCCUAUGGAUUGAGCCUUAAGCAUGAUCAAUUUGCCUACGACAAAUGCCUGGAAAAGAUUGGGGACAAAAUUAAGUUUAACACUUUCACGCAGGAGCAGAUUGACGCUAACUUGAGGAUGUUUUUACUGCCCUAUGAUCCUAAUGAUUCCAAUUUCGUUAAAACAUACUACGCAAAUGACCUUUGGGUGCCAAUCGUGAAUAUCAACAACAAACUGAAUAUUCUACCAGGCAUUCCUAGGCUAUUUCAAGAACUACUGACGGAUGGAAUUACUCCCCAUGUGAAGCCGUUUGUUCCCAAAACGAAGUUUCUGCAAUACUAUGUGGCAGCCCGACUUCCAGAAUCUCAGGUAGCACCGUUGCUGGGCAGACUGCAAAAGGAAGUCAUCGAGAAAGGGCUAAGUAUCAAAAUUGGAAGCUAUCCUCAUGUGGAAAAGAGAAUCAAUACCGUCUGCAUUACUGGGAAGGAAGAGGAGAAUGAGGUGAUGCGACAGUUGGUCGCCACUACUAUCGAAGAGUUAGGUGGAGAAGAAAUCUCUAAAGAGGAAGAAGAGGGCCACAGCCAUAGCCAUAUAAAAGAGUGA